GAAAGAGUCCUAAAUCCGGUCGGGUUCGUCGUGGAAACGGACCGAGAGGUCGGCGACGGUUGGCGCGAACUUUCCGAGCGGGAAGGCUGUAGUUUUUAACGCGUGUCACGAACCGGUCCGGGCCCGGGUGUUUCUAAAGCAGCGACGCCUGGCUUCUGUCUUUCCAGCCCAGUCAUUCAUUCCCAGACUGCCGUGUAUCCACAGAUUGGCUCUGCCAGUUAGGARACUGGUGAAGAAGCUGGACCCGGUACGAAAGAAGCACAUAAGAAAUGUCCUUGCUGUGUGUUGGAGUAAAGAAAGCCAAGCUCGAUGGACCCCAAGAGAAAUUUAACGCAUACGUGACACUGAAGGUGCAAAAUGUCAAGAGCACCACCAUCGCUGUGCGUGGCAGUCAGCCAUGCUGGGAGCAGGACUUCAUGUUUGAAAUAAACCGCUUGGAUCUGGGCCUCACAGUGGAGGUGUGGAACAAAGGGCUGAUCUGGGACACCAUGGUGGGAACCUUAUGGAUGCCUCUGCGCAACAUACGGCAGUCCAAUGAGGAUGGUCCGGGUCAGUGGCUGACCCUGGACUCUAAUGCCAUCAUGUCUGAGAAUGAGAUCUGUGGAACCAAAGACCCAACCUUUCACAGGCUGCUGCUCGACACUCGCUUUGAACUGCCAUUAGAUAUCCCAGAAGAGGAAGCCAGAUACUGGGCCAAGAAACUUGAACAACUUAAUUCAAUGAGAAAUCAAGAUUAUGCYUCUGAAGAGGAACCAGAGCGCUCGCUCCACGCUCCCUCCACACAGUGCUGUAAUUGGAGUCUUUGGGGAGAUCAGCAAAACGAAGACCCAGACAGCGCCGUCGAUGACAGGGACAGCGACUACCGCAGCGAGACCAGUAACAGCAUCCCACCUCCUUACUACACCACCUCACAGCCCAACGCUUCCAUGCACCAGUAUCCCAUGAGGCAUCAGCAGUACAGUCACUCCUUCAGUGAAGACAUCCACGAGCUGGACUACGAUCACAGAACCAUGAGACGCUAUGAUAGUUUAGACUCUGUCACCAACGGGCGCAGCGAUAUCGACUCCGGCUCAGCGUCGAGCCGGCGCACCAGCCGGCAGUAUUCUCUAGACAGUAGGCACUCGCUGUCCGAUAGUCCCACAGACAGUCGUUAYGCCUCGUCAGCUGAGCUGAGCCGAGGCAGCUCUCAGCUCAGCGAGGAGUUUGCUCCUGAGGAUGGCGAGAGCUUUCAAGGUUCAGAGUUCUACGACGAAAACGACUCCUACCACUCCUGCCACUCCUCUGUAAGCUAUGGCAAAGAAGACUCCCCCGGCUGGGAUGGCGAGGACCACCAAGGUGUCUACAGUGAUGAGGGGAGCUAUAUCAAAUACGGUGGGGAGGAGGGGGCGCUGUACGACGAGGAGGAGGAGGGAAGCAUGUAUGCCGAGGAAGGGGAAUACCACUACGAGCAAGGAGAAACGCCGUACGCAGAGGUUGUUGACGUGUUUUCAGUGGGCACAGCACAAAACAAAGAUCAGGAGCAAACCUCGGUACCCACAAGCACCGCGUCCACCCUGAUGCCCUCCUCUGAUGGGCUGUCUUCCACCAGACCACCUUUGGAGAAGCAGGCUUCAAUGCAUCAGCAGCGACUGGCCCAGGACCCGCCCCAGUCUCCCAGCACAGCUCCUGAACUACCUCCAGUCUCACAGGACAGCAUGUUGCCCUCUGUUGCUGCGAAUUCCACCAAGCCUUCCUUCACACCCUUCGACACAACAACAUCCACCCCUACAAUGACGUCACAAGCUCCAGCUUUCGACAACAAAGCCUUGGAGCCUGAGCCCAAGUCUGAACCACCUCAGGAGGAACCUAAACCCCUUGAACCGCCUCCGGCGGCAGAAACAGUUCCACCCAUUCCUGAGGGGAAACCAGAGGAGCCUCCUGUUCCAAGCUUCCCAAAAAGAGAACUCAUGGAGCCAGGACACGCCAGAGCGAAGGCUAACUGGCUUCGACUUUUUAGCCGCGUUCGACUGCAGCUGCAGGAGGCCCGAGGAGAAAGUGUUGGGAUUGCUUCUCUGCUUUUAUCAGCAGGCAUGGGUGGUGCUUUGUACAGCAUCGACAGCAUGCCAGACCUGAGGAAGAGGAAGGCUAUGCCACUGGUCAGAGAUCUGGCGAUGUCUUUAGUUCAAAACUCCAGGAAGGCAGGCAUCACGUCAGCUCUGACAUCCAGCACCCUGCACAACGAAGAACUGAAAAGUCACGUCUAUAAGAAGACCCUCCAAGCCUUGAUAUAUCCCAUCUCCUGCACAACCCCGCACAACUUUGAGGUGUGGACAGCCACCACGCCCACCUACUGCUACGAGUGUGCCGGCAGUUAUGAGCACCCUGCUGGCCAACAUCAACGCCUACUACGCCCACACCACCCAGGCAACCAACAACGUCUCUGCAUCUGACCGCUUCGCUGCUUCAAACUUUGGGAAAGAACGAUUUGUUAAGCUUUUGGAUCAGCUGCACAACUCUCUGAGGAUAGACCUGUCCAUGUAUCGGAAUAACUUCCCAGCCAGCAGUCCUGAAAGGCUGCAGGACCUCAAGUCCACAGUGGACCUCCUCACAAGUAUCACCUUCUUCAGAAUGAAGGUUCAGGAACUGCAGUCUCCACCCAGAGCCAGUCAGGUUGUGAAGGAUUGUGUCAAAGCUUGCCUCAACUCCACCUACGAGUACAUCUUUAAUAACUGCCAUGAGCUGUACAGUCGGGAGUACCAAACAGACCCGGCCAAGCAGGGAGCCGUGCCUCCUGAGGAACAGGGACCCAGCAUCAAGAACCUGGACUUCUGGUCCAAACUCAUCACACUUAUUGUCUCCAUCAUCGAGGAGGACAAAAACUCUUACACACUCUGCCUGAACCARUUUCCUCAGGAGCUGAAUGUGGGUAAAAUCAGCGCUGAAGUGAUGUGGAACCUGUUUGCUCAGGAUAUGAAGUAUGCAAUGGAAGAGCAUGAAAAGAAUCGCCUGUGUAAGAGUGCAGAUUACAUGAAUCUGCACUUCAAAGUGAAGUGGCUCUACAACGAGUACUGCAAAGACCUGCCCUUCUUCAAGAGCAGAGUGCCUGAGUACCCUGCGUGGUUCGAGCCGUUUGUCAUUCAGUGGCUGGACGAAAACGAGGAAGUUUCUCGUGACUUUCUGCACGGGGCUUUGGAAAGAGACAAGAAAGAUGGGUUCCAGGUCACGUCAGAACACGCUCUCUUCUCUUGUUCGGUGGUGGAUGUGUUUUCUCAGCUCAACCAGAGCUUUGAGAUCAUCAGGAAGUUAGAGUGUCCGGACCCACAGAUUGUAGGACACUACAUGAAGAGAUUUGCCAAGACCAUCAGCAACGUUCUUCUGUCUUACGCUGAUAUCAUCUCGAAGUUGUUUGCCAACUAUGUUACCAUGGAGAAAGUACCCUGCAUUCUGAUUAAUAACAUCCAACAGCUGAGGGUUCAGCUGGAAAAAAUGUUUGAAGCCAUGGGUGGAAAAGAUUUGUGCACGGAGGCUAGUGAUAUCCUGAAGGACCUGCAGGUUAAACUCAACAACGUGAUGGACGAUCUAAGCAGAGUUUUUGCUGUCAGUUUCCAGCCUCAUAUUGAGGAAAAUGUAAAGCAGAUGGGCGACAUCUUGGCUCAGGUGAAGGGGACGUCAAAUGUAGGAAACGCCAGCAGCGUGGCUCAAGAUGCUGACAACGUCCUGCAGCCAAUCAUGGAGUUCCUGGACAGCAAUCUGUCUUUGUUUGCUAAGAUCUGUGAGAAGACUGUGCUGAAACGUGUGCUAAAGGAGCUGUGGAAGCUGGUGAUGAACACCAUGGAGAAAACCAUAGUUCUGCCGCCGCUCACAGACCAAACGAUGAUUGGGAGGCUGAAGAGUGCUUCUCACAGUGAUGGCACUCAGCUCAUCUUCAAUGCUGCCAAGGAGCUGGGACAGCUGUCCAAGCUGAAGGAGCACAUGGUUCGUGAAGAGGCCAAGGCUUUGUCACCCAAACAGUGUGCUGUAAUUGAGCUGGCUCUGGACACCAUCAAGCAAUAUUUCCAUGCUGGUGGUGUGGGUCUGAAGAAGACCUUCCUGGAGAAGAGUCCRGACCUCCAGUCUCUCCACUACGCCCUGUCCCUCUACACCCAGGCCACCGAUAAACUCAUCAAGACAUUUGUCCAGUCGCAGAACGCUCAAGUGUUCAGCGGGAAGGGGUUGAGAUUCACCACUAGUGAGGAUGUUUACCCAGAAAAGGGAUCUGGGGUGGAGGACGCUGUGGGAGAGGUUUCCAUCCAUGUGGAGAUUUUCACUCAUCCAAACACCGGAGAGCACAAAGUCACAGUGAAAGUGGUGGCAGCUAACGACCUGCGAUGGCAGACACAAGGAAUAUUCCGCCCGUUCGUGGAGGUCUACAUCAUCGGCCCUCACCUGAGCGACAAAAAGAGGAAGUACGCCACCAAGUCCAAGAACAACAGCUGGGCUCCGAAAUACAACGAGACUUUCACUUUCACCCUGAGCAAYGAGGUGGGUCCCGAGUGCUACGAGCUGCAGGUGUGCGUGAAGGACUACUGCUUCGCUCGAGAGGACCGCACMGUGGGCAUGGCCGUGCUGCAGCUGAAGGACGUGGCCUCGAAGGGCAGCGUCGCCUGCUGGCUGCCGCUGGGCAAACGCAUCCACAUGGACGAGACCGGCCUCACAGUCCUGCGCAUCCUCUCCCAGCGCAACAACGACGACGUGGCCAAGGAGUUCGUCAAGCUCAAGUCGGACCAACGCUCCGCCGAGGAGGGCCGCAGCUAAAAGGACGCCUGGAGCUCUUCUGAGCCCCUGCAGGUCACCGCCCCCGAUAAUCCAGAGUUGUAAAAGCACAUAAAAGACGUCCACGCAUCCAGUACUGUAAAUACGGUUAUUUCAAGUGAAAGCAAAGCAAACCACAGUCUUUCUUCAAAAACAAACACUGAUAUSUUUAUUGUUGCUGAUGUUUUAAACCAUCAUGGAGUUUAACUCGUGUUUCUGAGGGAUGUCUUUGUAGCCUUUAAUAGUUUGGCUUUCUUUCUCACUUUCCUCUGCCUUCUUGACUAGACCUCCCCCUCUGCUUUUCCUACCUGUGAUCCUGGUACGAGUCCAACUUAGAGAAAGGACCGCAAGUGCCAACAGAUAACUGCUGAAAUCUGCCAAGRCCAAGCCCGAACACAACAGAACAAAAUAUACAAGCAGGCCUCAAACAUUCCUCACAUCAGGUGGGAUAACACACAGGAACAAAGCACUAGUUAGUCAAUAGUUUGAGUUUAUUUUUCUUCUCUGAGAUUAUAUUUUAAUAAUUCUAUAUAUGAUAUAAUAUAUUUAAAAUAUAAAGAUAUGUAAGGAUACUUCUGUGGGUUUUUGGCUCAGUCUACCCUGUAUCAGAGCACACAGCCUGACACCCUCAAUGCCUUCUGUCAGUGGUGGGCACAGCACCGCUAAUGUGCUAACAGAUAACAGCAAAGCUAACUUUUUGCUUAGCGGUUUUAGGUAACCAUCAGCAGACCAAUUAGCUUUCGAUAAAUUGAGUUCGGCUAACUUUAAGUCUGCUAAUGAAAACGAAAACAAGCCUCCCCUCAGACUUGCAGCACCUGCGUCAUGCGCCUUGUGUGUUCGUGUAGCGUCUUUAGCUUUUUGUGUUACUCUUCAACUGGAAGGAAAGGAAGACGUGUGAUUUCGUGAUGCUUGCCUUCUUUUGCUCAUGUCCUUGUAAACUGAUCAGAAAGGUUUAUUUUGGCUGGGAAAAYRCCCUGUAGCACUUUGGGAGUUGUAKUUACUCKGUUUGUWYAGUUUUAUCUCAGUGGAUUAAUGAUUCAAGGCAAUACAGCAAAGCUAAGAUGGAUUUUCUGAUUGUUUAUCAGACAUAAUUCUGUUUUUAUUUGCUUGUGGUUCAGUGAAUCCUGGUUGGAUUGUGAUGAAACUUAAGUUUUUGGACUUUUUCAGCAGACAUGUUGAUUAUGYGUGCGUUGUCAGCCAAGACCGAGUUUUUAGUUUAUUUUAAUGCAGUUUGUUUACUCGCCAGUUUAACUGCUUGGUGGACGAGCUUUUAGGGACCACACGUCUUGAGUUAGRUUAUUAGUUAGCAUUAGCUUCYGCUAAUUUUCUUACCUGUGUGAUUUAGCGUUAGCGACGCUAACCUUUUGGCUAUCUGUGCUCACCACUGCCUUGUCUUGUUGACCCUCGUGUGUCCUACAUAGGGACAGGAAGWAGAGGUGAAUCUGAUGAGAAAACACCUUUGAGCACUGUGAUUCAUCAGAGUGUAUGUCUGUGCAUGAGUGAAUGUUGUGUGUUUGUAAUAUGUUCAUAUGUUCACCCCCGUGUCGUCUGUUUUCUGCAGAUGUAAUCACGAGAAGCCGUCAUUAGAUUGGUUUUGACAAAGUUUACUUUUUCAAAACCAAAACUUCUAUCAUAUGAUGGUUUUUUUCAAGUGUGUGUGUGUGUGUGUGUGUGUGUGUGUGUGUGUUACUACAAACAUUCCUUGCAACCCUGUCUGUCAGCAGUGCUUUACAGAGCAGACUUACUGCCACUUUCUCCUCUUUUUAUAAAAAAAACAUACUGCCAAACCAAGUCCUGCAUGUUUGACAAUAACUUCUGCUGAAAGUUUGAAGGAUGACAAAUCCUCUGCCUAAACUUCCAACAUCAACUUUAUAAUUAAACUAAGAAAUCAUGCUAACAUUUUGAUGUAUAAAAAGUGUCAAAAGGACCAAGAUAAGAGUCAGACAUUAUAGAGUGAAAAGCAAAUUUAAGUGUUCCUCCCAAUAAACCAUUUGUGGAAAUUAAACUAUUUCUCUUGCUAAUGAACCAGAGUUUCUGCCCUUCAUGAGGAUCAACAAAUGCCUUCCGAUAGUGUGAAUUUCUUUUUUAUAUUCAAACAUUGUUUUAUGAAGGAGACUAACAACUUAAAGACUUUCCUUUCAGUUUUGAAGAGAAUAUUUUGAAAACAAAGGCAGCUCAGCUGUGCACUUUCUGCUCAAACACUAAAGCCCACAGCAGUGACACACUUUCUACAGUUUAAUGUAUAAUUUGUACAUGUGCUAAAGUUGCUUUGCAAAAUCAUUAAACAUUUAAAAGUUAGUGUGACAUCAUCAGUGCUCAUAAAAAAGUAACGUAAACUGAAAGUGUGCAAACUGUAAAACAUAAUGAGGCCAGUUCAGUCACAUAAAGUCCGACUUUAUUUGACACAUUUAAGCUUUGAAUGUUUUAAGUGUUACGUGUGUCUGAGCUGUAGAUAUAAAGAGAGAGAAGUUUUCCCACUUGUUUUAUCAAAAUAUGGUUUUCUAUGGGAAAAACUGCUUUAUAUGAUGCCUCUACUAAAAGUCAUAAAACUACGCCUGAUUGAGACAUAURUUUUAAUGUAUAAUUUGCAUGUUUUUUAAAGUUGCAGGUUGUAAAACAGACAUAAAUCAUGACGGGAAUGAAACAGAAUMGUAGUGAAGACGCUUCAGUGUUGAUGGUUUAACACCCUUUGGGAAUUCUUUUUAAGUUCCAUCAACUGAGUCAGCUGAUUCUGCACCCAUGGUCCCCAUUGAUCCAUGAUUCAUAUCCAAAUCUUAAACAAGUAGUAAAACCUCUGCUAAAGGGCUGCAGAACCAGACCCAAACAGGUCUGGUUCUGACAUUUAUAAAGAGGGCAUUUUAUUCUGAUCAGCACGGAGUGCAGAGUGACAUUGAGGGUUAGAAGCACACGGUCUCUGCUGCACCAAGAACUUAGUUUUUUAUCUUAUCUUUGUCGACAAGAUUGUAAGAAUUGCUUGAAAUCAUCCAACUGGUAAAUUCAGCACCUGUUUGCUCGGACCGGCCCGUCCGGUGACACUGGAUAAAAAAUUAAAAUCUCAUGGCCACGCACCACCAGAUAAAUAACACGUGGCCACAAGAUCAUUGUGACCCAUCAUAUCGAAACGAGGAUUAAGUCAAAUCUGGUCAAAAUGACCUAAUAACAUUUUUAGAUUCCUGG